AUGGCUGCUCACUCUGAGCUGUCCUUUCUGUACCAGACGCGCACCAUUUUGCGCUGUCACCCAAGAGUGUCCUGCACGAGCCGAAGAAGGAGACUCUUUUCCAGUCAACCGCAAGCAGAAACCUCGAUUGACCACGAAGCCCCCGGCAUUGGCCAUGGACAUGGAGGCUUCCUCAAAGAAAAGGCACGCCAGGUCGCCGAGUCCUCAAAAGCACCUAAAGCGCCGUCCUCUAUUCCGAAUACGGUCGGGACCCGAGUCAACUCGACCAUCACUGCCAGUGAGCGCAGAGCGUUCGAGACAAUCUUGCGCUUCACGCCUCGACAAGCCGAGCCAUCGGGAGUGAAGCACCAAUCUCCCAUGAUCGACGCUGUCGACACCGACGUUGAAAGCAUCCUCAACAUCUUCUCUUCUUCUAUGAGAAGUCGUCAUGGUGAACGAGAUGAGACGGUACAGAAGGCUGUCAAGCCAUUAAGGACCCCUGACCAGAAUGGCAUCAGCCUCGAUGUUGCAGCACCACAAGCGAACGUGGCAUCCACUCUCUCAAACAGUGAAGCUCAGGUAGACCUGGACCAGCAGCUACCAGACCGACCACAACGACAGCAUCUUUCCCCAGCAGCAGCAACAACAACAACAAACCCACAAUCCACAAUGUCCGACGAUCUACCACCUGGCGAGCAAUCGUUAGAAGAAAUAACCCAAUCACUGCGCGUUUCCAGCCACGACGCGUCCAUCCAAGAAGAGGUACGGACCCGCAUGUCGCAGAUCGCCAACGCCCUCCAAACCGCAGCAACGUCGACCACCAAGCGCGGCGACAUCGCCAUGUGGGAAGUAUGCGAGACGCAGAUCUUCUCCAUGGCGAGCCAGCUAGCCCCGCCGGCGCGCGAGAGACUACACCAACCGACCGACCCGCCCAGGUUCACGUUCACGAGAUCGCACUCGGACAAUCCGUCAGAGCUGAUGGAGGUGGCGGCGCGGGCCUCGGGUGCCACUCAUCAUCAUACUAGCAAUGCCACAGACCCAGUGGUCCCUAGGUACGAGUUACCAUCAUCAUCAUCCUCACCCUCAUCAUCAUCGGCAACAGAGGCUUCCUUGAGCCUCCCCGCCUUGCACCACGUAUAUCCUGCGGCCCUACUGCUCGCGCUCCGACUGUACAUCCAUCACUUCCCAUCCUCGCCGCUGGCGCACAACCUGCUCCCACGCAUCCGGGCGUUCGGACACACCUCGUACGUUCUGGGCGCCGGGUCGCAGUUCUAUAAUUCACUUUUGUCGCUGGUCUGGAUGACGCGGUCGUCCUUGCGCCAAGUCGACGCCUUGCUUGCCGAGAUGGAGCGCGGCGGCGUCGAGCUCACUGAAGAGACGUACCGUAUUCUGCGACAGAUCGAGGACGAACGCGCGGCUGAUCUGGGCAGGGGGGAGGGCAACCACGGUGUGCCUCGGGGAAGCAGAGGCGCUGCUUGGUGGAAGAGGCAUGAGCAGGUAUUUUGGUUUCCUAGGGUUCUGGACUGGUUGAGUAUAGUGGCGAAGAGGUUGACGAUGAAAGAGAUGGUUGAAGAGGGACAGCGGUGA